UUUACCGAUUAAUAAACACCAGUCUUAUUUAAGUACUCAAGGAGGAUGUGUUUUUACUUUCCGGCGAGUGUGGGAGUCUGUUUCUGACCGCUUUUAGGGAAGGACACACAUUAACAAUUUGCAUGUGUAGAAUGGAAUUUUCCACUCCAACAGAAGUUGAUCGUGCUUCCAUUUGCGGUCUUUCUGUUACGCGGGUGAUCUGUUCGGACGUUAUCACUGAAAAGCAACCACACAAUAUUCUCCAGAGGAGACCGUUGGAGACCACCUUAUCACAGAACAGACUGAACAACCACAGCAUGAAACCACCACGCAAUCAUAUAGUUCAAAACCACAGCAUACACACUGACACUCAAGAGGCUGAGACUGACCUCAUUCAAGUCAUAUGUCAGUGCUUUGGGAGGGAUAUGAUGGUUACAAUCGACACUGGCUGUACCCUAAAUCUGAGAUCAUCAGUCAGCGUAGAUAAACUUGGCUUUAAUGCAAAGAUUACCAACAACAAAAAUGAGGAUCAUUUAGGGCCACUCUUGCACAAUCUCCAAACCAUAGGACACAUGAAGCUGAGUUUGGUUAUUGGGCAAACAGAAACUGAUCUUUUAUUUACUGUUGUGGAAAACAACAGAAUGUUUAUAUCAUUGGGCACAAGGACACUCAAGUUUCUGAAGUGUGUUAUUGACACUGAAAAGCAGAUGCUUGUUCUUGGAAAUUCUGUACGGGAGCAAGUCCGUUUUGUUGGAAAACAUGAAAAUGAAGUCUCCAUGGGAUAAGAAGAACCAACAAAUAUCUCUAUUCUUAUCUCAUGAACAGAUGUAUCGGCAAAGGAAAUUAGAUUAAAGAGCCUGGGGGUCAUUACAGGAAUCCAUCAAGCCUGUUGGCUGUCUAUCACAUCUCCCUUUUUCCACUUCCUCUGUGCAGAGCUCAUUAUGAACUGAUUAUCCUGGCAGGGCAUUGCUGAAUUAUGAAUAAAGAGCAAGUGUCAUUCUGACAUCCACACUUUGAUGAGCUGUAUGCAUAUGUCAUUCAUUUAUGAUGGUAGAUUUAGGUUUUAGCUUCAGUAAUAAAAGGAUUGUAAUCAUGGAUAAACAAACAAUUAUUAUGAGGGUCG